AUGGGUUGGGUGUACCGGGUGUUUAUGAAAUAUUCUCAGCUUGCUGAUGAACAAUAUGAUCUUGGAAUUGAGUUUUGCUAUUCAUUGCUAUCGACAAGAACAGAUUUUGAUAAAGAAAUCAAACUCUACAAUCUUACUGAAUCACUGUAUGACCAGAAAGCUGCUUCACUGGGGAAUGUUGAAAGUCAACGAAGAUCACUUACAUUAAUUGCGAUCAAACACGAAAAAUUGAAAUUUGAAGAAAUGCAAGUCAGUUCUCCAUGCGACUAUUCAAUGUUUUUAUGUUGUAUUAUAAAUCUAGCAAAACUACAAUCAUGUGCUGGUCGCAUAGAUGAAGCGCAAAUCAAUUAUAAAAAAAACUAA